UAUUGAGUUGGAGUGCCUCGAUCGAAGAAGAUAUUGAUAAUGAAAUUGUCGGAAUGGUUUCGUUUUCGAAAGAAACGAUAUCAUAGUAGUCUUCUCAUAAAAGAGAAACUGUUACAAUGUUAAACUGUUAGCUACAAAGAGAUGUUACAAUUAAUCCGGAGAUGUUGUUAUAAGUUAUGUAACAAUUCUUGUCCGAAAGAAACUGUUAUAAUUAUUUCAUAUUGGAAUGAAAGACUGUGAUAUGAUUAUUUCUUGACAUUAACAAUAUCACGUUGGCGCGUUCAAUAAAUUUGUUAAAUGAAAUGUAUUACGAGUUUCUUGCCGAAGCCACAAGCAUACAAAGCGAGGCUCACAAUUCUGUAAAAAAAGCGCUAUAGAUUUUCCCUAUUCACAGCCUUCUUGGUGUAAAUCUUUAGCUUCUAACCGUGCAUUCAUGAUAAAAAUCAUUGCAGGAACUAUAUAUGUCACCCGUUGGCGUACAAAAGCUCCAAAAAGUGAAACUUUGAUAUUCUUGUAUCAUAUUCCAGUGUUCAUAUUUGUGUUAUAUUUAACUUUUCUACGUCCACUGCUCUCAGCUAAAUAUCAGGGUUGUUCAUUUUGUUGUUCGUGUGCGAAGGGUGUGAUAUUUUAUUCAUACUUUUCAAUUUGUCGAUAUUAAUUUGAUGUUUUGUUUUGGCAGAUUCGAUUUGACAUUGCGGGAGCUGAUAUGCAAAAACGAUCAAAUUAGUUGCACAGCAAUGAAUGAUGUUGACAUUACGAUGUGCUGGCCAGCUUCUCUUUAACCGUUAUGUACGCAAAGAAAAAAUCUUUUUGGGAAAUGCGGAGAAUGAAGUAAACACCUUUGACAUUACUAUUGAAAUCAGCUUCGCCGCAAAAUAUGGCUUGUGUGUGUACAAGAAGAAGAUCGAUCAGCGUUCUCAUGCUGGUAGCAUCUCUCAUCGUUUCACCUGCAUCACCCCAUAUGAUCCUUGGCUCAUACCCUGUUGAUCCUAUAAGAGUGGCAGUCUGGUGCAAAGAGCCAAUGUCCUCAUCUUCGGAACUCACCUUACAUUCAAUCGUCAACAACAUUAGUAACCGUUUCAAUGUUUCAUUGCAACUUGACGCUAUGAGUUUGAGCUUUUCCUCUGGUAAAGCGUACCAAGUUUUGGAAAGAACUAAGGACUGUAGGAAUGAAACUAGAAUGUAUGUGGUUACUAAUCUUGACUUGAAGAGGUCUUGGCUGUGGGCGAAAAUGUUGGGAAACAUGGAGUCAAUUGUACUGGGCGUCGUCGUACGCCCUGGUAAAACCAAAAGUCAUGAAAAUCAGUUUUUCCUUCAAAACUAUGUCAGUCUAGUUCCACCCAAGUCAGAAAAACUGCGCAUCAUCGGUGAUAUAUCAAACCAUAUAUUAUGCAAAGAAACGGCGAAUAUCACAUGCAAUAAGUCUGAUAGUGCUGUCGAUAACGACAUUAGAUCACAACUCGUUGCUGCGAAAGAAAUGAACUUCUGUAUUGUUGUGCACUGUACCGAGAGACUCCGGGAAAUCUUCACGUUGGCAAACGAAUAUGAGCUACUUGGAACACAGUAUCGAUGGUUUUUGGUAAACUUCGUUUUCAUUGAUCAAACCUUUGAAGAGUUGCCUCAAAAUUUGAUGUCAAUUGAAUUAAAUCAUUCCGAUGAUCAUUCGAAACAGGGUCACACAAGUUGUGGAAAUGUGAAUUAUUUGGACGAUGCAUUGGUUUUAAUUGCAAGUUUGGGAAAAGGUUUUGACAGUGAUUUUCAUCGACGUUCAAAUGAUUUAAAAUGGAACAUCUUGGAAACAAAUUUCGCUGGCAAGACCGGCCGGGUAUACUUCGAUGGUACCCAGCAUUCUCGCAAAGGUAGCGAUUAUAGAAUAUUUCAACUGGUUCAGUUUCCCAACUCAACUGGAUGGCUUUGCAUUGGCUCGUGGCGUAAUAAUUCCUUCGAUACGACCCUGAAAUCGUGGAUUCAACAUGAAGUAUCUCGAAUAAAGCCACCGUUACUCCGUAUCGCUACAAAGUACAGCAAGCCUUGGGUGUUCUUUACUGCUGCUCAGGAGAUCGAUAAGAGAAGCUCAAAAUGUAUUAUUGGAAUGAAGUGCAUCAAUUAUACUCGUUAUGUAACCGAGGAUAAUAAUUCGUUCAAGGUGCAUUGCUGUUCGGGUAUGCUGAUUGAGUUGCUUGAAGAACUCAUGAAACGAAUUUCAUUCACCCCGAGACUUCAUUUUGUCAAAGACAACAAAUUUGGCAGCAAGAACGCGAGCUCAGGAGCCUGGAACGGAAUGAUAGGCGAGGUCUUGCGUGGCGAAGCAGACACCGCUCUAUACAGCCUGACCAUUACCGAGACCCGGUCAAAAGCUGUCGACUUUUCCUAUCCAUUUCUAGCCUCUGGCAGUGGGAUCAUUGUCUCCACCAACGGGGAGAAUUUUUAUUCUCAUAUCAACGGUUCGUUUCUCAAGCCGUUCUCGAGAAACCUUUGGAUUAUAACCUUGGGUAUUUUUGCCGGCUGUGUUUUGAUAUUGUGGGCCGCUGAGGGAUGGAAUCACAGGCGAGUUUUUGACCGUGGACCUCGCGCAACACGAGGGGUGGGUAGAUUUUUGGAGAGCAUGUCGUACACUUGGGGAGUGGUCGUGCAGAAGGUGGUCCAGGAAGGGGGACCCAAAACGUUCGGUGGUCGGGUUGUGACCGGGAUCUUUGGAUUCUACAUGAUCAUAUUGCUCAGUACUUACACGGCAAAUUUGGCCGCCAUUCAAGUUAUCGAAGAAGAUGAGGAGGAAAUAUCUGGGAUUUAUGACAUCAAGUUUAUAAAUCCGAGCAGUGAAUUUAAAUUUACUUCAUCCAAGUUUACUUCGACAUCGGAAUUCUUCAAGCAGAGUCCAGAUCCAAGGAUGAGGAGAAUUUAUGCGACGAUGAAAGAUCGUCUUGUGUCUACCAGAGCUGAGGCACGGAAGCUACUGAAGUCAGGUGAAAUCCAGGCGUUUUUUGAAGACACGCCAUCUCUCCACUACAUGGCUUCUCAAGAAAAAGCCUGCGAUCUUAAGGUGGUCGGGAAAUCAUUCGGAAAUCUCAGGCUACGGCAUGCCUUUCCGACGUAACUCGGCGUGGUCACGAAAGUUCACGUCCUCGUUCCGAAAGAUGCACGAGGACGGCAGUAUGAGGAAACUCAGUCAAAAGUGGCUUGAGUCGGGCUGCGUCUCGAAGACUCCUAACGCGGCCAGGGAAAUGGGACUGCGGGACGAGAGUGGGUUGCUUUUUCUGCUGGCUAUCGUGUGUGUAGGCUCGUUUAUGGUUUUAGGCUUGGAAUUUAUCUGCGUGAGGAUUUUCGCGAAUUCUUUUGACUCGCAUUCACGGUCUUUCACUUAUAAUGUAGCGAAAUAGGUUCGAGAGGCACUAAACUAUAUUCUGGAGGCUCAUACAGCGAAGUCGUAA